GCCAUGUUGUUUGUGUGACAGCGCUGUACAGCAACAGGUUGUCAAAUAUUCUCAGUUAAACACGGCUCAGAUUCCUCACUGAAACCCGGCAACCCGUUUACGGUUUCUUUAUUACAGACGACAAUGUAAAAGGAUAUAUUUUCCCUCCAGAAGAUUUCGCAAAGUCCAUAAUGCCACUGUUGUGUAAUAUGACUGGACUACCCAGCUGAGGCAAGGAGAUCAGGACGCUCUCCUCAUAUCCCUGCCACCUGCAGCCAUGAAUGGUGGUCGAAGUAUUUGGGCUAUAACUCCAGAGGAGAGGGACAAACAUGAUCAGAAGUUUGACACCCUCUCCCCAGUGCAGGGCUUUGUGACGGCUGAGAAGGCACGAAGCUUCUUCAUUCAGUCUGGGCUUCCUCAGACUGUGCUAGCUGAGAUCUGGUCCCUGGCUGAUAUGAAUAAAGAUGGUAAGAUGGACCGGCUGGAGUUUUCUAUAGCCAUGAAGCUGAUCAAGAUGAAACUGCAGGGACAGAAUCUUCCAACAGCUCUGCCCAUCAUCAUGAAGCAGCCCCCUGUGCCAGCUCCAAUCAUGCCAGUAACACCUCUUGGCAUGGGCACAAUGCCAAACGUACCCAUGAUGCCCAACAUUCCUAUUCUGACGUCUUCACCAAUGACCUCCACCCUGACCACUAGGAGCCCCAUGCCAGGCAUGAGUCCAAUGAUGGGCAUAGGACUGUCGGUUCCGGUAAUGCCUACCAUCAGUACUCCAGCACUGCCAAACGGGCCGAUCACCAUUCUACAACCGACUCCUAUGUCUCUCAACUCAACUCUCCCUCUGUCAAGUUCAUUUUCUUCCUCUGCACUGGGCUUCUCGGCCCCUCCCAUCAAUACUACUCCAUCGAGCAGCUCAAACUCCUCCCCCUCCAUAUCAUUGGCCAGCAACUCUCCUAAGUCUGGCCCCUCUGAUUGGGCCGUACCACAUGCGUCACGGCUCAAGUACAGGCAGCUGUUCAAUGGCCUGGACAAGCAAAUGACUGGUUAUCUAACAGGCCCUCAAGUGAGAAAUGCAAUGGCUACAACAUUGCUUACUCAGACCCAGCUGGCUACCAUAUGGAAUCUGGCUGAUGUUGAUAACGACGGUAAACUGAAAGCUGACGAGUUUAUUUUGGCUAUGCAUCUGGUAGACGUGGCUAAAAUGGGACAGCCAUUGCCUUUGGCGCUCCCUUCAGAUUUGGUGCCCCCAUCAUUAAGGGGGAAGGUUGGCGACUCUAUUAAUGGAACCACUCCCUCUAUCUACGCUGUUCUAUCUGAGGACCUCUAUGAGACUGAACCUCCACAGAAAUCAAGGAACAAUUUGACCUUUGAGGAUAAGUUCAAGCAGAACCUGGAACUAGGAAAGGCAGAGCUGGAGAAGCGUCGACAGGCACUGCAAGAGCAACAGCGCCGGGAGGAGGAGAGGAGAGCGCAGAAGGCCAGAGAAGAGCUGGAGAGGAGAGAAAGGGAGGCGCGGGAGCUGGACCUGAAGAGGAAGAGAGAGGAGGAUCAGAGGCUGGAGAGACAGAGAGAGCUGCAGAGACAACAAGAAGAGGAGAGACUCCGAGAUUUAGAGAGGAAAGAGGCAGCAAAAAAGGAGCUGGAGCAUCAGCGUCAGCUUGAGUGGGAGCGGAGGAGAAAACAGGAGCUCCAGAACCAGAAGAGUGAGGAUCAGGAGGAGAUCAUCAAGCUCAGGGCCAAAAAGAGGAGUCUGGAGAUGGAGCUGGAAGCUGUGGGCAACAAGCAGAGACAGAUCUCUGACAAGCUCCGAGAUGCUCAAGGCAAAAAGAGAAUUCAGAAAAAUGAGUUGGACAUGAUCAACCAGAAAAGAGACUCUUGCAUUACGGACAUCACUUCCCUGCAGUUGCAGUUGGAGGAAUUCAAGAGAAAGUUGGGAAUGUCGACCAGCGAGCAGCAGAAACUAAGUGAAAGACUCCGGAAUCUGAGUCUAAACAACCUCCCCACUGUUACUGUAAACACUUUUAAGAGGAAUCUGGAAGAGAAAGAUCUUAAUUGUCGGAAGCUUAAAGAACAAUUUACUGUGUUGGAGACGGAAACCGCCGCGAAAUUAGCAGACAUGGAUCAGUAUAAGAAAGAAAUCCAGGAUCUUAGAGAGAGUCAAAGGAUACAACAGGCUGCUUUGGAAAAACUGCGUGCCAUCAAGGAAGACAAAAUCAGAGAGCUGAAGAAACGCCAGCAGGAGGAGCUGCAAAAGAGAAGGAAAGAGGAGGAGGAGCAGAAGCGUAUCAAACUAGAGAAGGAACGACAGUGGCAGGAGAAAUUGCAGCGUGAUGAAGAAGAGAGACAGAGAAAACUACAGGAGGAGAGAGAGGCCAAACUUCGUGUGGAGGAGGAACAGGAAAGACAGGCUCGUUUACUGGCUGCAAAAGAACAGGCCGAGCGAGAACGUAAAGCCAGAGAAGAGGAGGAGAGGAGACGCAGAGAGGAGGACGAAAGAAGAGAACAAGAGAGGAAACGAUUUGAUGAGAAAAGGAGGCUGGAGGAAGAGGAAGAGCGCAGGCGAAGAGAUGAAGAGAGAAGGAAAUUGGAGGAGGAGAGGAGAAAACUAGAGGAGGAAAGAAGGAAAUUGGAGGAGGAGAGAAAACGGCAGGAGGCGAUGAGAUUAGAGGAGGACCGAAAACGAGAGGAGGAGCGGAGGAGAAAAGAGGAAGAGAGACAGGAGGAGGAAAGACGAAGAGAGCGGGAGGAGGAGGAGAGGAGGCGACAACGUGCACAAAUGGCAGCCAUGAGAGACGCAGACGAAAGAAAGAAACUAGAAGAAGAGAGGAGGAGAAAGGAGGAUGAGAAGAAGAGAAGCCAGGAGGAUGAGAAGAAGAGAAGGCAGGAGGAUGAGAAGAAGAGAAGCCAGGAGGAUGAGAAGAAGAGAAGGCAGGAGGAUGAGAAGAAGAGAAGGCAGGAAGGAGAGGAUAGGAGGCGUCGAGAGGAGGAACAAAGGAAACAGGAUGAGGAGAGGAAGAGGAAACAGCAGGAGGAAGAAGGAGCAGCCGCACAGCUGAGAGACGAUCAACAGAACAAGAAGAACUCUGUUAAAACGGAUAUUGUCACCGCUCUCUUGCGCGGCCUGGCGGAGAGGAAAGGCACCAGACAGCCGCUUGGAACACAGCACAGAAGAUCAGCUGCACUGACUACAUUUAAAGCUCUGUACCCCUUCACAGCCAGAAAUGAUGAAGAGCUCUCCUUUGAAACUGAUGACAUGAUUGAGGUGGAUGAGAGCGUAGAGAGAGAGCAAGGCUGGCUGUACGGCAGUCGCCAGGGGAAGAUGGGCUGGUUCCCUGAGAGCUAUGUUGAGAGGCUGACCAGAUCUGAGGCUCCGCCCACAGCCAAACAAGCCCUGAAGCCACAGGUCUCCAUCUCCACCAGCAAACUGAGUGACAGUUUUGUGCCAAGCGCAUCACGGCUAAACUCCGCCUUCACUCCCACCCAGGCAUCAGGCUCUGCCUCCUCCAGCCACCUUCAGGUGAUGGGAAAUGUUCAAGCUCGGGCUUUGUGCUCUUGGACUGCUAAGACGGAAAGCCAUCUCAACUUCUCCAAAGAUGAUGUCAUCACAGUUCUGGAGCAGCAGGAGAACUGGUGGUUGGGAGAACUCAACGGGGUUCAGGGGUGGUUUCCCAAAACCUAUGUAACGGUGUUGAGCAGCGGUGAUGCGUCAGCAGAAUAUAACGAUGCAUCAGAUACUACAGAUGGAUCCACCUAUGAAGAGUAUGUGGCACUGUAUACGUAUGAGAGUCCUGAGCCUAGUGAUCUUACCUUCUCUGAGGGAGACACCAUCCUGGUGGCGGAGAGAGAGGGCGAGUGGUGGAAAGGGAGCAUCGGAGACCGAUCGGGUGUCUUCCCCUCCAAUUACGUCAAGCCAAAGGAGACAGAUACUUCAAGUCUCUCUGGUAAAUCUGGAGCACUUGGGAAGAAGCCAGAAGUGGCCCAGGUGAACACUCCAUAUUCAGCUACAGGUGCAGAGCAGUUAAAUCUGGGCCCUGGUCAGCUUAUCCUCAUCCUCAACAAGAAUCCCUCCGGUUGGUGGCUCGGGGAGUUGCAGGCCAGGGGAAAGAAGCGUCAGAAGGGCUGGUUCCCUGCCUCGCAUGUCAAACUCCUGGGGUCAAACAGCGGCAAAUCCACACCUGCACCUGCAGCUGUCUGCCAAGUUGUCUCCAUAUACGACUACACAGCAGCCAACGAGGAUGAGCUCAGCUUCUCCCAGAACCAGAUCAUCAACGUGUUGGACAAAAGUAAUCCUGAUUGGUGGAAAGGAGAACUCAAUGGGGUCACAGGCUUGAUCCCUACCAACUAUGUGAAAGCGACCACUUCAGAUUCUGACCCCAGUCAGCAGUGGUCCCAGGAGAGGAAACGACAAGGCUACAUCGAUGAGCUCCUUGAGACGGAAGAGAAAUACAUAGAAGACCUACAGCUGGUCCUGGAGGUCUUUCACAAGCCUAUGUCUGAGUCAGGUCGUCUGACGGAGGCUGAAAUGAACAUGAUUUUUGUCAACUGGAGAGAACUUAUACAGUGCAACAGCAAGAUGCUUAAGGCUCUAAAGACAAGGAAGAAACCAGGAGGAGAGCCUGUUCACAUGAUCGGAGAUGUCCUGGCGUCUGAGCUCUCACACAUGCAGGCCUACAUCUGCUUCUGCAGCUGCCAGCUGAACGCUGCUGCUCUGAUACAACAGAGAACGGAUCAGGAACCUGACUUCAAAACCUUUAUGAAGAAAAUAGCCACGGACUACCGGUGUAAAGGAAUGCCAUUGUCCAGCUUUUUGCUAAAACCUAUGCAAAGGAUUACCAGAUACCCCCUCCAUAUUAAAAAUAUCAUUGAAAGUACUCCAGAGGGUCACGUGGACCAUGUUCAGCUGCAAGAGGCUUUGGAGAAAGCAGAGCUGCUGUGCUUUCAGGUAAAUGAAGGCGUCCGAGAGAAGGAGAACUCGGACAGAUUGGAGUGGAUUCAGUCUCACUUACAGUGUGAGGGAAUCACAGAGAAUCUGACCUUCAACUCGCUGACCAACUGCAUGGGUCCUCGGAGACUCCUGCACAGUGGAAAGUUGUUUAAGACCAAGAGCAAUAAAGAGUUAUACGCCUUCCUGUUCAGCGACUUUCUGCUGUUUACUCAAGCUGUCAGGCAGUUCACUUCUACAGGAACAGACAGGCUCUUCAGCCCCAAGUCCAACACUCAAUACAAGAUGUAUAAGACGCCUGUCUUCCUCAAUGAAGUUCUAGUGAAACAUCCGUCAGAUCCGUCCAGCGAUGAUCCUGUUUUCCACAUCUCCCACAUUGACCGUGUGUACACCCUCAAGACCGAAAACAUUAACGAAAGAACUGCAUGGGUUCAGAAGAUCAAAGCUGCAUCAGAGGAUUUUAUUGAGACGGAGAAGAAGAAGAGGGAAAAGACCUUUCAAUCUCGCUCAAUGAAAGCAAAAGGAAUCGGACGACUGCUUGUUACCGUCUCAGAGGCGACUGAGCUAAAAUCGUUUAAAGGAAAUGGAAAGUGUAAUCCAUUCUGCGAGGUGACCAUGGGCUCUCAGUGUUACACUUCCAGGACCAUCAAUGACACAGUCAACCCCAAAUGGAACUUCAACUGUCAGUUUCACAUUAAAGAUGUGUAUCAAGAUGUCCUCUGCAUAACAAUUUUCGAGAGGGAACAGUUUUCACCAGAUGAGUUCUUAGGACGCACUGAGGUUCCCGUGGCCACUAUUAAGAAAGAGUUGGAGAAUAAAGGUUCAUCCACCAGGAGGCUGCUGCUUCAUGAAGUUCCCACAGGGGAAGUGUGGGUUCGCCUUGACCUACAGCUGUUUUGACAUCCUCCCUUUAUAACUGCACCUCAACCGCAAACCCAUGAGAUCUACGCUUGCUCUUGGCUUAAUGCUCUCAACUACUGUGGAAAGCACUACUGAAUGUGUGAGGCGUGGAAAGAGGAGAUAGCGUUCACAACUUUGCCAAGUUUUUGUGUUUUGAUGAAGUGACAAGGGAAGGAAAAAGGAACUUUUGGGAAAAUUCCUGAGAGUUUUAUUGCCUGAUUAACCACUGGAUGUAAAGAUAUCUCAGGAACACUGUUGUUUAAAUGUACUGUAUAUUGCUGUACUGAAAUCUAUAUUUCUAAACUCGUAACUUGCCUUGAUUUGAAGUGACGUUUUAAACUUGAAUAAUCUCACCAGGAACACUGAAACGGUGGAGACUUUUGUCCUAUCGGCCUUAUCUGCCAAUUCUUCACAAUUACAGAAUUAAUUUGCACCUGUCAUUUUAUCCUCUUUCAAAAUCUUUCUGAAGCCCGUGCAGUCUGACAUGCAAGGAACUUAUUUUCUGCUGAGCUUGCUGUUGUUUUAUUCAUAAAGGUACAAAUGAGGUGAUUAACAAGGGGUGAUUUGUUAGGUCUAAUCACUGUUGAUUUUGUGUACUUGACUGAGUUUUAUUUAUGUUAAUUUAUGCGCCGUGGACUAUCUGCACAUUUUAAGUUGCCCGAUAUUUCUGGAUUGCCAUGGAGCAUUCGGAGAAGGUCUUAUUAUUGUAAAUUGUAUUAUUGAGCUGUAACAGUAUGGACGUUUACUCCGGAGACUGAGUGUCUUUAGGUCGUCUUUAGGUUUUUGUAAGUUUUAGUUUGAAAUAUACAUGUAAUAAAGUUUGUUAAAUGUUCUGUAUUUUUUCAGUUUUGCCAUUUCUGCAAUUGUUUAUUCGUUUAAAGAUGUAGCAAUAACUAAGCAAUAUUUGUGAUAAUGUAUAAGAAACGCCUUCACGUGUGCACAAAUAUGCAAAAAUAAUUCUAAUGCAAAUAAAAUAUGAACUGUUGUAAAUA